AACGGCAUACGACGAGAAGAAUUUAGGAGAAUAUUUUCACGAUGAAAUUAUUAUCGGCAUCCGCAUUUAUCCUUGCCUUCGCCGGCACGACGUCUGGAUUUCAGCAACCGAUGCCACGGCCUUCCUUGCAACAAACAGCGACAGUGCAAAAGUCGCCAGUGAAUGAAGGGGUGAACUCGAUGGUUGCCUCCUCGAAGCGGCAGCAACAAACGCCCCCGAGCCUCUCUGCGGCGAGCACGGCUACACCGGAAAGCAACGAAGACCGCGUUCUGGACACGGAAGCAAUUGCCAAAUACGCCGGCUCCAUUGCCAUCCAGAUGCUCUUGUUCAAGGGAUUCUUCACGGGGGUCGAUUUCCUGGCAUCAUCGGCGAGUUUCGAGAUCCCUUUUGCUGCCAACUUUUUCCUCUUCUACUUCUUUUCGCUCAAGUCGCGGGUCUUCAAUCCCAUGUCGAACCAGCGCCCGCGCAGGGACACGAAAGAAAUCGACGGCGGCGGCGAGGCAGGAGCCGACUCCACCCCGCAGCGCAACAUGCCGGAGUGGACGCCACCGGGAGUCGUCUUUCCUAUCAUGUGGAUCCUGAUCAUCGGUCCCCUCCGUGCAGCCUCCUCCGCAUUGCUGGUAACGAACGGAGGCGCCGGAUACGCCUCGGACGCCAUUCUUGCGCUCAUGCUGCACCUCUCCAUUGGGGACACCUGGAACACGAUCAACAACGUCGAGCGUCGCUACGGGACCUCCAUGGUAGGCGUUGCAUGCGUAUGGAUGUCGGCCGCCUUUGCGGCCUACUCGUACGGACAGGUCGACCCACUUGCCGGAAAACUGCUUAGCCUGCCCCUCGUCUGGCUAACGAUCGCCUCCUCUCUGAUUGUCCGAACUUGGCAGCUGAACCCAUCGGAUAACGGCGAGAAGGAAUCGAUUUUACCGACCAAACCAGCUUCGCAGGAAGGAAGCAUCACGAAAUGGGCCUGGUUCGAAGGAACGGACUAAGCAGAAAGGGAGACUAGGUUGCAUGUGCUAUCCAACAAACAAACAAAUGAAAAAACCUUUUUGUGUUAAAAUAGAAACGUAACCCAAAC